UUAAAGUUUAACAACAGAUAAGAAAGGUUAUAAUUAAAAAUUAUUGUUUAAUUAAAAUUUUAAAAUUUUAAAUUUUAUAAAUUAAUUUCUAGAGUGUAUAAAAUAAAAAAAAAAAUUUUAAAUCAAUUAAAAAUGAACCCACAAAAUACCAGUUUUUCUACUUCAACAAUUCGAUCACAAAUUAUUUUUGUAAUAUUUUGUGUAUUAAUUAAUUGUUCCGUUUAUGCUCAACGUGGCUCAUAUGCUGGCUCAAGAAACGGAAAUGGUUAUAAAAAUCAACUUCGUCCAUCAACUGAAGCUCCACAACAAGAUAUUGUUAGCCGUUUCGGUGAAGAUUUAAAUAGACCUCAAAGACCACCAAUUUCUAAUUCAAAUAUAGUACAACCAGCACCUAAUUUUAUACCAAUAAAUCAACAGCCAGUUAUUGAUCAAAAUCCAGAACUUUCAAAUAGAAAUAGUGCUGAUCGUUUACCAUACGAUGCUUUAGGUGAUAGAGAACUUGUUGAACGUUUAAAUCGUCUACCAGUUGAUCAACGUCCAUUUUGGUUAAUUAAUGCUGAAGCUAUAGAAGCACAUCGUAAUCGUAGCGGAUCUCAAGCAAAUAAUUUUAAUUCUGUAGCGGUACGCGGUUCGUUUGCUGGUUCAGGUUUGACAAGUUCAUCAUUAAAUAGUAAUGGAUUACAAUUGCAACAACAACCAAAACCAAGACCAGAAGAAUCAGUUAUUUUGAGUAGAGUUGAUCUUGAUAGAACAUCUGGUAGUAAUCUAAUUGAUAUAAAUAGAAAUAUUCCACAACCAAGUAAUAGAAUAAGUAAUUCAUUAAAUAAUGAAAUAGAUUCACAAGGAGGACGUUUCAUUUAUGUUGGACCACAAUUAUAUGAUGCUUUAAGAAAAGCAAAUUUAGUUAUUUAAUUUAAAAAAAAAUUGCUUUUUAAAAGAAAAAUGUAUUAAGAAAAUUAAGCUUUAAGAAGAUACUUUUGAUAUCAAAUUAGGAAUAAGUUAUAAAAAAAUUGGAAUUUAUUGUGAGCACUUUUUGGUGCUUCAACUUUAUUCAAGGUAAUUUCUUGGUUAAAAGAAGAAAAAUCCUAAAAAUAUGCAAACUAUUUAUUUGUUGAUUAUUUUUUAAUUAAGUUUUUCUAUAAUAAUUAUUGUAUUUAUUUAGAGAUAUUAAAAACAUAUAAAGAAUUUAUUGUCUUAAAAUUCCAUGCGAA